AUGAAGACAGAGAGUCCGAGAACUAAGAGCGUUACGGCAUUCGAACCGUUCGAAAAAUCGUCUCCAAAUGUCGUAGCCAAAAAUGAAGACGAGUCGCUUCAACGUCGACGCUGUUGCAGUCAAAAGGCUUGGGCAAUCACGCUCAUUGUCAUGGGUUCUUUGUCUGUUCUUGGUAGUAUCUUGUAUGGUACAGCAGUUCCUGCAAUCGUCGGUGCAGCUCUAGAGGACGACAUCGUGUAUUGUACCACAUCCGAGGUUUUGAAAGAAAAUUACGUGGAUCCGUUCGGUGACUGUGACGAUUGCUCGCCGUACUACGUGUCCAUGUACAUGUUUAAUGCCACCAACGCCGAGGAAUUUCUCGCUACGAACACCAAGUUACAAGUCCAAGAAAUGGGUCCUUACGUCUACCGACGACGCGAGAUCAAAUUGGACGUAGUCUUGUCAAAUGAUGCGUCAACCGUUUCUUACAAAACUUAUACCUACCACACCUACGAGACUGACAAAAGCUGCGCUGGAUGCUCUGACACAGAUGAGAUCAUAAGCUUUGAUACUGGAUACUUCAGCGCUAUCGCGGCCACAGGCGGUGAAUUCAAUUUACUCGCUACAAUUGCAGCCCAGUCGUUUGCCUUGAAUGCCUCUCUCAGUGAGAUUACUGCAAUUGUAAACGAGUCUGGUGAACAAAUGAUGCGUUGGUUGAAUGGCCUAAAUUCGCUGGAUCCAGUGGCUAUGAAGACGGUAACCACCAACACAAGCAUUCUACAAUUUUUAACAUCUGGUCCUAAUGCAAUAGCACACUUGGAUCUCUCUGGAUUUGCGUUCAAUGGUCUCUUUGUUAAACGUUUGGCUACACAAUGGGCCUUGGGUUACCCAAGUAUGUUGGCUGGUCUCCUGCUUGGUGCCAACUAUAUUAAUACAUGUCAAACCAGCAUGAACGCUAUGUGCUCGUCUUGUAGUGGGAGCAGCUGUUUAAAUAUCGCCACAGCCUGUACUCAAUGCGCUCAAGGCGCUGCUCUCAUGGCUGUCAAUACUGUCACGUGUGGUCUAAUUGAGUCUAUCUACGCCGCCAAAUAUGGCGAGACAGAGGCCACGAGCUUUGUAGCUACAACGUGUCGUUUAUGUGAAACCAUUGGCCUCUGUGCUGCUCCUCUUCCCGGUACAGUAGAGAGCUCUGGGUUGGAUUAUUCGCGCGUCGCACCAAACGCAUCAACACUUCAGCGUCACGUUAAACGCACAGGAUGCGACGACGACUCUAAAAUCGGGACAUAUGUCGAGUAUAAUGGCUUUACCGUCGCACCUAUAUGGGCUGAUCUCAAUGAACGUCGAAACCCGACACUAGCUGAACUCAACGCGUUCUCACGCUAUGCUAAUUGUGCGUCUCCCGUUGCUAACAUCACGUGCUAUAAUGUCUCGGGUACCGAUGGCGCAGCGCUGAAACCGGGAGGUGUUACUAUCCACGGUAUGGCCAAACACACAACUGCCGACUCAUUGGCCUUAUACUCCGGUGCAAUCAAAAGCUCCGUUACAUUCGCAAACAUGAACACUAAAGUGGACUUGAAUGGCGUCUCGCUGCACCGCUUUGGUACCCCAAGUAAUACAUUUAAUUAUACCGACCAGAAUGCCGCGAUUGGAACAGGGAUUCCAUUGGAUGGGUUACAUCAACUCAGUUUCAUUACCGGUUUUCUUACGUAUUUAUCCGGUCCCUUUUUCAUCUACAGUGACACAUCGUUGCUCGAAGCUGUGGAAAUGAUUAAUUCUGAAGGUACAGUCAUGACGGCUAAUAUUAUGUACGAGUCGGAUGGUAGUCUUGUUGAUAGUUUUCGCAAGGCAUAUACCACGUUUCUUGAUAUUGAAGCCGGCACGGGACUAACUUUGAGAGUGCGAAAACGUUCUCAGAUCUCGUUUGCUGUAGCGGGAUCAAGUGCUGUAUCGAAUGCGUCUAUGAGUGACUUGGUCUGGCCUACUUUGCAAACGGAGGUGAUUUUGCCUACCUACUGGGUAGAAGAGGCAGCUGAGGCCAAGGACAGUAUCUUAGACAAGUUUAAAAGCACGCUGACGUUUGUCAAAACUUUCUUGCCGGCCCUCAUCGUACUAAUUGUUGUGGGCGUCCUUGAAUUGGGCGGAGGGCUACUCCUCUGGCGUCGUCAUAAAGUACAGGCCAAAGAGCUGCACUACAUAUAA